AUGGAACCUUCUGCUUACUCGGUAUCAUUAGAAAUUCAGAAUGUUCAGGAGGUGGAGAUCACAUCCCACGGACCAGCACUUUGUUACCAUGAAGAAGAAGUAAAACCUAUCAGUGGUGUUUCUUUGACAUGGAAUGACUUGUGGGUUACGGUGGCCGAUGGAAAAAGUGGUGGAAGUCGAUCCAUACUUCAAGGUGUUACGGGUUAUGCCAGACCUGGAGAGAUCCUAGCUAUUAUGGGUCCUUCUGGUUCCGGCAAAUCCACUCUCCUUGAUGCCUUGGCAGGUAGACUAGACUCAAAGACCAGGCAGAGUGGAGAUAUUCUGGUUAAUGGAUUCAAGAAAUCUUUAGCAUACGGAACAUCGGCUUAUGUGACUCAAGACGAGACGCUCAUCACAACACUUACUGUUCGAGAAAGCGUCUACUAUUCUGCACAACUCCAGCUACCAGACUCCAUGUCAAAAGCUGAGAAGAAAGAGAGAGCUGAAAUGACCAUAAGAGAAAUGGGCCUUCAAGAUUCCAUGGACACRAGGAUYGGAGGGUGGGGAGCKAAAGGMYUGAGUGGAGGCCAAAAGAGRCGAGUUAGYAUUUGCAUYGAGAUCCUAACUCGUCCWAARCUYCUGUUCCUUGACGAACCAACGAGUGGCCUUGACAGUGCCGCCUCAUACUACGUGAUGAGCAGAAUUGCAAGGCUUGAUCAACACCAAGGAAGGACCAUCGUCGCAUCCAUUCACCAGCCUUGCAGCGAAGUCUUUGAGCUUUUCCAUAAUCUUUGCCUUCUUUCUUCUGGAAGAACAGUUUAUUUCGGGGAUGCUAACUUUGCCAAGGAAUUUUUCUCUUCAAAUGGCUUCCCUUGCCCCAGUUUCCAGAAUCCAUCUGAUCACUUUCUUAGAACAAUAAACAAGGAUUUUGAUGAGGAUAUCGAACAAGGUUCAUCUGGAAGAAAGCCUACCGAGGAUGUGAUUAAUAGCUUAAUAGAUUCAUACAAGUCAUCUACUACUUUCCAAGAAGUUAACAGUAGAGUUGCUGAAAUAUGCAAGAAGGGAGAUGGAAGACUAGAGAAGAAGACAAACCAUGCUAGUUUCUCAACACAAUGCUUUGUACUCACGAGGCGAUCUUUCAUCAACAUGCAUCGUGAUCUUGGCUACUACUGGUUGCGCUUUGCUAUCUAUAUAGCAUUGUCAUUAGGUCUUGGAACACUCUUCUAUCAUGUUGGCUCAAGUUACAGUUCAGUUGAGGCUAAAAGCUCAAUGCUGAUGUUUGUGGUCUCAUUCUUAACAUUCAUGACCAUUGGCGGAUUCCCCUCGUUUGUGGAGGACAUGAAAGUAUUCGAGCGUGAACGAUUGAACGGACAUUACGGGACUGGGGCUUUCGUUAUUGCCAACACGCUAUCUUCAACGCCAUACUUGUUACUGCUAUCCGUGAUUCCAGGGGCAUUAGCAUAUUACCUAACUGGACUUCGUGAAGGAUUUGAUCACUUUGCAUACUWCKCWUCCAYACUCUUUKCUUGUAUGYUGSURGUUGAGAGCCUAAUGAUGAUUGUUGCGAGUCUUGUACCAAAUUACUUAAUGGGAAUCAUARCRGGUGCMGGRAUYCAGGSYUUMAUGAUUUUAGGUGGCGGAUUCUUUCGUUUACCCAAUGAUUUACCGCACCCUUUUUGGAAGUAUCCACUGUUCUACAUCGGAUUUCACAAGUACGCGUAUCAAGGACUGUUCAAGAACGAGUUUGAAGGAGGAGAGUAUGUAUAUAACAAUGGAGGAGUGCCUAAAACGGUGGACGGAGAGUAUAUACUUAAAGCUACAUGGCAAGUUGAAAUGGGUUACUCCAAGUGGAUUGAUUUGGUGAUCUUAUUUGGGAUGGUGGUGAUUUCUAGGGUUUGGUUUUGGGUUAUAGUCAAGAUUGUUGAGAAGGUUAAGUCUGAUAUACGAGGUUUGCUGUUUGGUGUUCCAAAGAAGCAGAGAAUGCAAGUGAUGGUAAAUCCUCUUGCCACGCCUUCGCACUAA